AGGCGGGUCCACGGCAACCGCAAGCGGAAGAGUCAAAGUUCAGGAGCUAGAGCCCUCAGGGAGCUUGGGAAUUUCAAUACCCCUACUUAACCAAGAUGCUGAGUACCUCCCUGAACCCGCAGAACGCCACCUGGUCAGACACCGUCUCUCUGCUCUUGGCUCUUGGCAUUCCUCUCUACUUGGGCUACUACUGGGCAUGUGUGCCCCAGAGGCCUCGUCUGGUGGCUGGGCCUCAGUUUCUGGCCUUCCUGGAACAACACUGUCCAGUCACUGUGGAGACUUUCUACCCCACAUUGUGGUGUUUUGAGGGACGGCUACAAACCAUCUUUCGAGUCCUCCUGCAGUCUCAGCCUAAAGUCUCUUACCAGAGUGAAGUCCUCGAGACCGACGAUGGAGGCCAAUUCCUUCUAGACUGGGCUGAGCAGCCUAAGAACAGUCACUACCCAGACCCCACCACCCAGCCCAUCGUAUUGCUGCUUCCAGGCAUCAGCGGCAGUAGCCAGGAGCCAUACAUCUUACACCUAGUUGACCAAGCUUUGAAAGAUGGCUAUAGGGCUGUUGUAUUUAAUAACCGUGGCUGCAGAGGGGAAGAGCUGCUGGUGAGUACCCUCCUUCUUGUGGUGGCCCUGCACCUGCUCCCUUUAGAGAUCACUGGCCCUAAGGCUUUGCCUACUUACCGUCCCCCCUACCCUUCGGCGCUACCUCCUGAGUCCUCCCAUUUGGCUGCCUUCUGGCAAGAGCCGCCCUCCCUAGCCGACGCCCCACUCUGCCCCCAGACUCACAGGGCGUACUGUGCCAGCCACACUGAAGACCUAGAAACAGCUGUGAAGCACAUAAAGCGCCGCUACUCGCAAGCUCCGCUGCUGGCUGUGGGCAUCUCCUUUGGAGGGAUCCUGGUGCUGAACUACCUGGCACGGACCAAGAAGGCUGGAGGCCUGGCAGCAGGACUGACAAUAUCUGCGUGCUGGGACUCCUUUCAAACUGUUGACUCUCUGGAGACCCCGCUCAACUCACUGCUCUUCAACCGGCCCCUCACUGCUGGACUCUGCCGGCUCAUCGCCAGAAACAGAAAGACAAUUAGAAAGGUGCUGGAUGUAGACUUUGCCAUAAAGGCCCGCACAAUCCGCCAGCUGGAUGAGCGUUACACGUCUGUGGCUUUUGGGUAUAAAGACUGUGCAGCCUAUUACCAAGCCUCGAGCCCGAGAACUAAGGUAGAUGCCAUUCAUACUCCUGUUCUUUGCCUCAACGCAGCAGACGAUCCCUUCUCCCCAGCCCAUGGUGAGUGGCUUCAACACUGCGGACCUGAUCCCAAGGCUAGUAGGCCACACAUGUGGGUUCUCACUGCCGGGCAGCUUCCUGACCUCCUCUUUCACUCCCUCCCAGCCUUCCCUCUGCAGGCUGCUCAGAAGUCUCCCUACGUUGCGCUGCUCAUCACAGCUCGGGGUGGCCACAUUGGCUUCCUGGAAGGACUGCUUCCCCAGCAGCACUGCUACAUGAACCGUGUCCUGCAUCAGUAUGCCCGAGCCGUCUUCCAGCACUCCGGGGAGCUGCCUGACCUUGGGGCACUCACUCCUUCUGAAGAUGGAAAGAGCUGACAAGAGAGCUGUUUGGGGUCUCGGUGCAAUCUUUCUUUGUUUAUUAAAUAUCAACUCUUCC